UUAGAUGAUUGUGGUUCAAACAGAAAUGGAUGCUUAUAUAACAGUACAUGUAAGGAUGGAGUUGAUAGCUACGUAUGUGAAUGUGCAUCAGGGUUAAGUGGCAGACAUUGUCAGGUCACAAGAGAUUUUUGUAGUGGGUCACCAUGUCCUAAUGGUGGGUGUGUGAAUGACUACACAACACUGUCACCCAAAUGCUUCUGUGAUUACCCAUACCAGUUAGGAAAUAAUGGUCAAUGUGAGAAGAUGGAUCUAUGUAACAACACUGACUGUAACAAUGGCACCUGUAAUUCACUGACUGGGAAGUGUACCUGUGAUACAGGCUUUGAAGGUUCUAGUUGUCAGCACAGUGUAGAUGACUGUAAGGGCAUGCCUUGUAAGAAUGGAUCAACGUGUAUAGAUGGACACCAAGAUUACAGUUGUAAAUGCAUGUUAGGAUUUACUGGAAAAAACUGUGACAUGGACCAGGCGGACUGUCCAGGAUCCUGUAACAUGACAACUACACAGAAAACUGUAGAUAAAAUCAACGAAUGUGAAUGUCUGUGUAAGCCAGGAUAUACAGGCCAAAACUGUACAGAAGAGGUGGAUGAAUGUGGCAGUUUUCCGUGUAAACAUGGAGCUACCUGUACUGAUACGGUCAAUGACUAUCACUGUAACUGUACUGAGGGAUGGGAGGGAAAGAACUGUGACCAACAGAUUAAUUUUUGCAUGAUAACAUUCCACAAAUGUCAAAGUGGUGAUUGUUAUAACUUAAUUGACGACAGAUACUGCCGAUGCAAUGCUGGUACAAGAGGUGAGGCAUGUGAGGACAUUCCAGAUGUGUGUAAUGUUAUUUCCCCAUGUACAUCAAGGGGCAUUUGUCAAAAUGCAAAUGGAACAGCAAUAUGUUCAUGUCAAAAUAACUAUUCUGGAGAUUCCUGCCAGUUAUUGAAAGACCUUUGCAGAGGUAAAACAAAUUGUUUGUAUCAGGGCAUGCCUAAUACAGGAGGAACAUGUACAAAUCUGCCAGCUGGAGGCUUUAAUUGUGCUUGUCAAACUGGUUACACUGGAGGGACUUGUCAAACUAAGGUAACCCGCUGUUCCACAUUGAAUUGUGGAUCUGUUGCAAUGUGCAACGAGGAGAUUAGUUGUUACUGUCCAGAGGGAAAAAUUCUCACGGAGAAUAAAGUUUGUAAAACUCCAUCAAAUGAUUUUGAUAUGCUGUUUGAUAAUCUGAUUGGAGAAGAGGGGGCCUCUACCACAGCUGUCCUGUCCAGUGACCUUGAAAAGGAAUCCAGUUUGUCCUUCAUGUUAUGGGUCAGGUUUCACAAAGAUCAAAAAGAGACUGCUGAUGCUGUUUUGUUUAAAUUGGGUGGCAUCAUACAAGUGAAGAACAACACAAUUAUCUUUACAAAUGCAACAAACAUUCAUACUGUAAAUACAGUUGCCUUUGGAUAUCCAAUCAGGUUGGAUGAUGGUGCUUGGCAUUUUAUUGUGGUGUCUUGGAAGCAGAAUGGUGAAACCCUGGUCCAUGUAGACAAUAUACUAAUUUCUAAUGACAACUCUGUAUCAGGGUCACUUCCCAAUAUGUUAGAUGUAGAAGUUGGGAAGAAAUUUGGAGGAAGACUAUCACAAGUAAAGAUCUGGUCCAAUAGUUUAAAUAGAAAUGAUAUGUUCCAACUCUUUAACAACAAGGAUUUCCAGCCUCCUGCAGGAUCUACUGUAGUUCAUGGAUGGUACAACUAUAAAAUGAGCAAAGGAGUUUUGAAGAAGUUUCCUUCGAGAAUUAAAGAUGAUCAAGUCUGUGAUAUUCCUGCUUGCUCAAAGUCGGAUAAACUAAAACCUAAAAGAAAGAGCUGUGCUGCUGACGUUUUUGUGUACUCCAGUAACGGAUUCAUUUUUUAUCAACUUCCAUCUUUUAUUUCCAUGUUUGAUGAUUUCAAUGAAAGCUUGUCUUCUUUGUCCUCAUAUCCAAAAGACAACAUUUACACUUGGGGUGCAUACAACUUAUUCUUUUUGGCAACUGAUGAAAAUGGAAAUACAGCCAUGUGCCAUAGCAAGCUGUAUGUGAAAUAUAAUCCUGACUGUCCUUCACCACGAACGUAUUCACCUACAUCAAUUAAAUAUUGCUCUUCAAGUAAAGACAUAUGUAAAUUUGAAUGCCCUGGUAAUCAACAACAAUCUCCACCGGCUCCAAGAUACAAGAUGUGCUCUGAGCUUGGUGUAUAUAAUCCACUCAACCCAAGACAGAAGUUUUUAGUGCCAUCUUGUGCAAAUGCCAGCAAGGUAAAUAUUAAGGUGGAAGUCUCCUUGAGAUAUUUGUUUGUGGUUACCUGUAGCCCAGUUUUUGAGACAUCAAUGAGAAGUUCCAUACUGACAACUUUUAAAAAUAUUGUAUUUAACAACUGGAAUGGUGUGUGCACAACAUCUGACUGCAACAAUAUGGAAAUCUUAUGUAUUUGUGUUCCUGAGAGCAAACAGAUGAUAGUCACUUUACAAAUAAAUAAUUUAAGGCACACAAUCACGAAGAAGGAAAAUGGAUCUGAUACAUACACACCAAAAGAGGUCUUUCUGUAUUUAAUUGCUGAAGAAACGGUAUUUCAAGCCGAGCACAUUGGUGGAGCAACGAUGCUGAAUGACCAUUUGGUCGUUAGAGAUAGUUUGUGGUGUCCAGAAGAUUACAUGGUUGUUGGUGAUAAUUGUGUUGAGUGCAGUAUAGGAACCUUUUUCAACAGCACAAGCCACAAUUGUGAGUACUGUCCUAUUGGAACUUAUGGAGAUCAGUAUGGAUUGAAGGCAUGUAAAUCCUGUGAAAUUGGAAAAACUACACUAGGACUUGGUAAUACUGAUAGUACUGAUUGUGUCGAUGAUUGCCAAGUUGGACAGUUCUGGAAUGUUACAAAAUGUGCCUUCUGCAAAAAACACUCUUACCAAGAUAUGACUGGGCAAGACUACUGCUUGCCAUGUCCUCCGGGCAAAAAGACAAGUGCAAUAGGAUCUAACAGCUCCUCACAGUGUUUUGAUGACUGUGGGGAAGGAACAGAACUUAAACCUGAUGGAAAAUGUAUGGAAUGCCCGCGUGGAUACUACCGUAGUUUUGCAGAGGAUGUAUGCACCAUGUACAGCUGGAAUGACUACUAUUGGGAAUGGGGCUCAUAGUCCUUUUGAAUGUGUGAUAAAAACAAGGGAUACGUCUACUUUUCCCUCAACUACAAAUGAAGAAGUAACCACCAAUGGUGAUAAAAUACCACAUAACUCCACAGGAGAGAAAAACACAGAUGACAGUGACUUCAAUCCUUCUAUAGUUAUUCUUACAAUCAGUGGCCUUAUCAUUAUCAUUUUGCUUACUGUGAUUGGAAUUCUGCUGAGGAGAAGAUUUCAAAAGGCUGCUUUAAAGAAUUCAAACUACACCGAUCAGACCUUGGAAGUUCAGGAACCUGAUAAACAUUCAUAUUCUCAGCUGAAUGUGUUAAAUGAAAAUUUUGAGUAUGAUGAAAAUGGAGGUUAUUGGGAGUUGGAUUCUAUACAUCAAGUAGAUACUGUAUCUGCACAUGUAGAGGGAACAAGGACUGACUAUGAAAAUGACACAGAGAGGCAACUUUCAGAUGAGCCUCAUGUUUACACAGACGUACAUGUUGAAUAAGAAAUGCUCAUGAAUACAAUAUCAGAGAAUGGCAUAGUUGUAUGAUACAUCAACAUAUUACUCGUGGUUUAAAUUAUAUAUGACAAUAAUUAUUAUUAAAUAUUACAUAAUUUUUUCUGCGUAAAAAUGAAAAGUCCCACCCAUUUCAAAUUGUAGAUACACAUAAUUUGAACAUUCUUUGUUUUAUUUUUAGAAUAUAUUUGCAGUGAAGGUCUUCUUAAUCUAAGAUUCCUAUGUUUAUACUUGUACUGAGCCCCAUGGGUCCCCGACUAAAAUCUGAAAAAACAUUUUCCUUGGGCGGCUAUUGAUUUUAACCUUUUUUUUAAAUAUGAACAUGUCAAGGAUGAUGUAAAAUUUGUGCAUUCCUUCCUUUUAAGAAUCAAGUUUUGAGAAGAUGGCAUGUUAUGAAUUAUUUCAGAAGAUGAAUCCAUCUUUGCCCACAACCAGCUGUAAACAUGUAUGUCCUUUAGAUUAGAACAAAAAAAACUAUUUUUUUAAUACAAUGCUAUCUCCUUCCAUUUUUCAAAAUAAAUUUUACCGACUCGACCCUUAAUUGAAAUCUGCUUUGGAUCUGCUUCGGACAUGUACAAUUUUUAAUAUUGCAUAUAAUUUUGAACAAAAGUUUAUAAAUACACGUACAUAUAAGCAAAAGCUAAGAUUUGAGUUGCAAUUUUAUUUUUAUUCUAUAUACUAAAGUAAUACAUAUAAUAGUUAACUGUUUACUGCACCUCAUUUAAAUCUAAUAUAAGUCAUGAAAUGUGGAAAUAACCAGCUGUAUUUCCGCUUAAAGUCCAUGACCCCCAAAGGGCCGCAAUGGACAGUCAAAGUUUAACAUAGGAAUGCAUGGGGAAAAUCUUUACAAAGCUUCUCUAGAACCACCCAGUCAUGAAUGGUAAUAUUAAUUUGGAAGCAUCCUUAAAUAAUGUAAAUUGAAGUGUGUUUAAAUCAUGAUCCCAAGGGUAGGACGUGGCCGCAAUGGACAAUUAUAUAUUAAUAUAGGAAAGCAUGGGGUGAUCUUCUCAAGAACAGCAAAGCCAUGAUUAGUCAUAUUUAUUUGAAACAAGAUAUGUUUGUAAUGUAGUUUCAAACUUGUUCGAAUCAUGACCCCUUGGGGUAGGGUGGGGUCACAAUGGAUGAUCAAAGAUUUACUUAGGAAUACAUAGAAAAUAUCAUUUAAAAAUCUUUUUUCAACAACAGCAUUGUUGGUCAAAUUUAUAUGGAAGCCCCCGCAGGUAGUGUAUAUUCAAAGUAAUUCAAAUCAUGCCUCUUCCCUUUUAUGAUAAGUUGAUACCACUCAUGAAAUACUGAACUAGCCAAAGUGCUAAGAUGAGCGAUGUGGCCCUUGUUUAUUUGUAUGUCCUCUUUAUAAUCAACUGCGAAGUAAAUAUUGUACACUGUAUAUCAUUAAAUCCAUCAGAUGUUGAAUCAACAAGAAGUAUUUGUAAUCUCAUGCUUACGUGAUGCAUUUAGCAUAAGAAAAUCUUAUUUUCACUUGUAUCACUUUUUUGUAUUUGAAAUUUCUAUGUACUUUUUUCAAUUACAUGAUAUAUAGUAAUAUUUAAUGAGAGGAACAAGUACAGAUAAGUUGCAAGAACGUGUU